CCGAUGCUGUCAGCAGCGCCAGAGUGCUCAUUGGCAGACGAAAGGAGUCAGACGGCAGCACGUGAUACCCCGUGAAAUGGAACGCGUGUGAGGGGGAAAAAAAGGCCAGGGCAGAAAAGCGCAAAUAAAACGCCACGGAGGUCUCGAGCCAUCUCCACUGGUCUCUCGAUGCGAGAGCCACCAUCCACGAUGUCUCAGGUUGACGUUGACCUGGGCGAGCUGUUGGCCGAGGGGCUGCCCGGCCACGUCGAGCUCUCCAUUCGCCAUGUCUCGUCAACGCCCACGCCCUCCACGGCCCUCUUCGCAGCGCCACCGGGUGAAACCCCGGAACCUACGUUCUGCACAAACCACUUCCUCACCGCUGCUAUCAAUCUAGACAAGUCCAAUGGCGCCGAGAUUAUCGUGUUUGGCAUGGAGGUGUUGGUCUACAGCACCGCCCACUUGACCACCGUAUUCGUGUCCAAGGCCGACUCCACCGGCUACCUCCAUCGUCUGGCCACGGCCCCAAAGGUCUCUCUUCUGCGGCGCAUCUCUCAUACUUUCCUCUCCUUUCUGGUCCAGACCCAUCAAAGACCGGGUGUCCGGCUGCUAGUGUCCUUGUUUGCUCGGGCGCAAAGCCAGUAUUUGUUCCCCGGCAGUAUCGACAAUCCACAGAAGCAUGUCUUGGAUGACCGGGGCCUGAUCAAGUGGUGGUGUCGCGUUGUCGAUCCCAUUCUACGCGAAUACGAGCCGGAGUCGGGCUCGCACCAGAAGGGGCUGCAGGACCACCAGGCGGAGUCCGCCAAAAGUUCAGCAACUGCCUUUCUCAUCGUCCCCGGGUGUGACCGGUUUGAAACCAGAGGCUUCUUCCCGGCCACAGCCAGAUCGGAUGACAAGGAUCGUCCGCGGUGGUUGAAUAGUUAUCCCGUACACCAGCUGUGUGACAAUCCCAAAGCGCCUCCUCGUUGUCUGAUUCCCCAGUUUCCGGAUGACCCCAAAACACGCUUCGUGCUUGACCUUGAUAAUGAGCUCCCGAAGAAAGCAGAUGAGGUCUCCGGGGAAAAUGCGGGGCACUGGCGGAGCGUUAGAUCUUUGGAGCAAUUUUGGGAGAUGAUGUCUUUCAGGCAAGAAUGCUCAGCUGGAAGGUUGGUUGGCUUCUUGUGGCUCGUUAUCAAUCCUCCCGGGCUUGUGAACUCGGUGCAGAUGACCAGUUCUCGGUCCGUUCUUGGUGAUUGCAAGAGCCUCGCGGACAAUAUAGCCAAGUCGGCUGGUGAUAGUGCAACGGUUUCCAAGGAGACGUCGGGCGAUGCUACAUCUACCCCGGAGCAGCCUUCCAAGAUAGCUACGGAUCCUGGUGCGCGGUUGUCGUCGGGCCGUUCGAACGAUUCUACUUCUACUCCAGCACAGCCGGCUGCUACAACCGACACUGAUCCUAAGCCCCCACAAACUGCUGAUGCCGAUGCGUUUUUCUGGCCAGAGGCCGGGCGAGGGCAUGCAGUACUGAGCGAAGCGGACUACCAAACGGCAAUCAACUUCCUCCUCGAUCAAGACUUUGACACCGAGCAGGUCGCUAUUGCCAGCACCAAGGCAUGGGGCGAGAAGGUUGCCUCCCUGGCGGACCAGCUCUGGGUUGGGAAGCGGGUCGUGGGAAGAAGCAAGAAGGACGAAACCUCCCAAAAGACCGUUGAGGUGAACACGCUCAUGACCAGCGGACUUGUUCGAAAGCGCAAGAAGGCUGACACCGAAGUUGAGCAGACUGCAAGCAGCAAGACGGGUGAUGAGGCGAACAAUAGCACCGGAUCAACGACGGUGAUUGCUCAGGCAUCAGGUACAACUUCGGGUGUCAACGUUCUCCAAGCCAGCUUGAUCAGGAAAAAAAAGAAGACAUAGACGACCGGUGCUCGUCUGUUGGUUUGGACGGUUUGUAUACCAGUCUUGGGCCACGGACGAGCUGACAGGUAUUGCAUAAGCGGAGUCGGACUUGGGUGGGGAUUCGGCGAACAUUGGAUUUCGCCCCUUGUACAAUAGGAUAGGAUUAAUGGGUUGUUCUUUAGCAUGUUAUAAUAAACACAAUGGCCA